CUCUUUAGGUACAGGGAAGUGGAAGACAAAGGAGAAACGUUUAUGCAAUAUUGUGUUCUGGUCCAAAUAAAAAAGGUUCAUAUAGUGUAUUUUAUUGCUAUUCUAGAUCCUAAAAUUUGAAAUAAGCCACCUGCCACAUGCAAAUAAGCCUACAUAUUGUCAUAUAAUUGCUUGACCUAUUGGUUUGUUGUUGAUGAUGUGAAAAGAAUUCAAUGGUCUUGGCUAACAGGAAAAAGAAAGUUUUUUCUUUAAGGAUUUUGAUUGUUCUCCCAGAAUCCCAAGUGUUCUUCAACGACACUUUAUCACGUCGUAAACGACUGGUUCGACAUCGCAGAGCACAGUUUUUUCUUUAAGGGUGUUGACUGUUCUCCCAGAAUCCCAAGUGUUCUUCUACGACACUUUGGUCACUUCGUAGACGACUAGUUCGACAUCGCAGAGCCCGUGAAUCGCUAGUGUGAGAGACUUGAGUAAUCAUGAAUCAAGACGGGAGUUUAAGAAAAAGCAAGAGAGUUAAGAACUCAAACUUCAUUCCACCUGGAUCAGUUGCAUCUUUGCUAAGCCAAAGAGUUUUGAAUCACAAGCACAAGCAAAACUCAAAAUACAUUCCAGAACCUUAUGUUAAUAAGUCAAAUGAUAAGCAUUACAAGCACAAGCAGAACUCAAACUACAUUCCAGCUGGAUCUGAAGUGGAACAAGUGCAGCAAGUGUGUCCCGAUUCUACUUGUCUUGCAGCACAAACAGUACAUGAGCAAGUCUUGUUGGAUUCCACCACUCCUGAAUCACGAGAAGCACAAGAACAAGUGCAACAAACCUUACAACUUUCCAGCAUUCCUGCAUUACAAGCAGUUAACGAACAAAUCCAACAAGAUCCACAUGAUUCUACUAAUCUUGAAGCAAAUGACCAAUCUGGCGAAGGAGGCAAGAUUUUACAGAUUUAAACUACAUGCACUUGAAAUUAGAAUUAGUCUUUAGCUUAUAAAAUCUGAUAGUUGUAUUGUCUGGAUUUAGUUUUAGAAUUAAUUUUUAUCUUACUAAAAAUAGUUCAUAAGCAAGCAGGCUCAUGUUCUAAAAUUACUAAAUUUGAAAUAGGUCCGGACCAAUUGUCUGCAUAACUAUAAACUGUUUGGUUCA